GCCGCGGGGCCGGCGCCGAGGAGGCGAGCCGGCGGCAGGGAGCGCCGCGGAACAAAGAGCCCCGGGCCGUGCCCGGCGGUGGGGCAGCGCCGGGGAGAGCCCGUCGGCGGCCCCGCGGCCAUGCCGCCGCCGGGAGGGGAGGAGCGGCCGGCGGAGCCCCGGAGGGGCCGCGCUCGGAGGGAGCGAGGGGGCGGCCCGGGGACGCCCGGAACCCCCGAGCGGGGCAGGGGCGGAGGCGCGGCGGGGUCCGGCCCGGAGCCGUCCCGCGACGGGCGGCGGUGCUGCGGUGCGCGGCGUCGCCAGAGGAGCGGCGGCCCCGGGGAGUGACUCCGGUGGGGGAGGAGAAGAGGAAGAAAUCAGAGUGCCGCGGGCCCGGAGGGGGUGGGGAGGCGAAGCCCUCUCCUCCCCCCUCCCGCACGCACUUGCGGAGCGCUCAGAGUUGCCCUUCAGCAUCGGCGGCACCGGGAGGCGAGCCCGUUGUGCCCCGGCUGCGCUUCUGCUUUUUCUUUUUCUUUUUCUUUUUUUUUUUCCCUGCCCGUGUUUUUUUGUAGUAGUUGUUGUUGUUAUUGUUUUUACUUUUUAUAUAUAUAUAUUUUUUUCCUUCUGGUCGGUUUCACCGCUCCUACCGAGGGUCGCCGUCCCCGGCGCUGGACAGUCACGGAGCGAUGCCGCUGCCGGGCGGGAGGGUGGUGCUCGUCCUCGGCUUCGUCCUGCUGACAGCGCUCGUGGCCGCCGUGCGGGGGCUGCCCGUCAGCAGACAGCGCGGCGGGCCCCGGGAGAGGAGCUCCAAGCUGGCCGAGGUCUCUGCCUCAUCAGACCCCCGUGCAGCCGGGGACGAGGAGCUGCCACCGUCGGGCAGGGCACGAGGCCUGCGGCGCAGCGGGCAGGCAGGCCCACGGCGGCAUCGGCGCCGUGGAGCCGCUCAGCAAACGGUGAGGAGCCUGGUGCAGCCCCAGCCCAGUGGUGCUGGCCAGGAGGAAAGCCUGCCCUUCAUGCUGGACUUGCAGAGCUUGCCAGGGCUGGCCAACGUUGACCUGAGUGCCCAGAACCCCAACAUUCAGGUAACCAUUGAAGUGGUGGAUGAUCCUCAGGCUGAGAUGGAGAUGGACCUGCUGAAGGAAACAAGCAAUGACUGGUCCUUGACGUCCUCUGAGUGGUUGUCCCACAAGGACCUCUUCUGGCCUCUUUUUUGGGAAUACACUGACCCCAGUGAGGAGGAAGAGGAGGAGGAUGAGGAUGACAAUAUGGGUGUAGGGGACAGGGAUGAGGAGGAAGAUGAGGAGGAUGAGGAUGAAGAAGAGGAAGAAGAUUACACUGCGGAGUAUGAGGAGGAGGAGUCCAUGCUCAGUGGAGUAGGUGAUGACUGGGAGCAGCGGUGGCCCAAUCAGAAGAACUGGAUCUUUAAAGAAAAAUAUAAUUAUGACUAUGAAGAUGAGGAGGAAUGGAGCCCUUGGUCUCCUUGCAGCAUCACUUGUGGCAGUGGCAACCAGAAGAGGACGCGGUCCUGUGGCUAUGCCUGCACAGCAACAGAGUCAAGAACCUGUGACCUGCCACGCUGCCCUGGAGCAGAGGGAGAAGUAGUCUUCCCUACAGAGGAGACUCCUUUCAGAAGUGACAACACCACAGAGCUAUUCAACUCAGAUGUGGACAGCUGUGAGAAGUGGCUGAACUGCAAGAGUGACUUCCUCACCAAGUACCUCAGCAAGGUGCUGACGGACCUGCCCAGCUGUCCCUGCUCCUAUCCCCUGGAGGCUGUUUACAGUGCUGUCAACCUGCGGGAUGAGCGACAGGGCAAGAGCUUCCGCUGGCGGGAUGCCAGUGGCCCCAAAGAGCGCCUGGACAUCUACAAGCCUACAGCACGCUUCUGCCUGCGCUCCAUGCUCUCCCUUGACAGCACGACGCUGGCGGCCCAGCACUGCUGCUACGAUGAGCACACUCGCCUCAUCACCCGGGGGAAGGGUGCUGGCGUCCCCAACCUCAUCAGCACUGAGUUCUCCCCAGAGCUGCACUACAAGGUGGACAUGUUGCCCUGGAUCCUCUGCAAGGGCGACUGGAGCCGUUACCAUGCUGUGCGACCACCCAACAAUGGGCAGCAGUGUGCAGACAACCCGGCUGAGGAGGAGUACCUCUCCCAGCUGCAGGAGGCCAAGGAAUACUAGCCACAGCCAUGCUGAGAGGAGACAUGGGGCCACCACGCAUCUGGCCACUGACAGAUCCUGCCCUGACCCAUGCUGCAAGGGCUGGAGCCAUCCCUCGUGUUACCCUCCCUUAAGGCGCAGCUGAGCUCCAGCCCUCUUGAUGGGCUCCUCGUGGGGCCAAGUGGAGCAGGGUCUCAUCGCCUCCAUGGGGCAUCUCAGCUCCCAGCAGGUUUGUGAGGGUGCAGGAGUUUGUCACUGUGUCACCCCAGCUGUGCCACUUGGGGCAGGCCCCCAGCCCUGCUCAUUUUUGGGCACUGCAGAGCUGGGGUGCAGGGGAUGAGAGGCAGGGGCUAGUGUCAGGGGAAAAGGGUCUGCUCCCUUGUACUUUUUCUAGGGUCUCCUCCAUGGUCUUGCAAUGCAAGCUAUGAGUGAGCAUCUGCAGUGUGGAGUGGCCUCAGUUCCCAUUGGUGUCGUGCUGCAUCUGAAGAGCUGGCUGGAUGCAGGCAGGGCUGCCUGGUUCUGUUGGUGUGCCUGCCCUGGCACGUGCUGGCCUCUUCUACAAGAGGGGAUCGUGCUUCGUGAAGGGACAGGGCUGUCCCAGCACUGUAUGUGGAAUGGAGCCUCCCCUCUCCUUGGCUAUUUGCAUUCACAAUUGGGAAGGAAAAGGUGGAGGCUUAACAAGGUUUUGUGGAUUAGUGAGCGUAUGUGGGGCAGGGCAAUGAAUGGCCACAUAGGCUUCUGUGGCAAGAUCAUCUUAUCUCUCUGGUUUUAGCUGCUAAAGGGAGCACUCAGUGCCAAAGUGUAAGAGAGGUGGACCUUUGAAAUAGUUCUUUACAGGAGAACCAUACAGGUCUGCGUUGCAGCCUCUCUACCUCAGUGCUUAGGAGAGUAAGCUGUCUGCCACUGUGCAAGUUCUAUCACCAGCCCUGCUCUGUCUCAGAUUCCUGGUGGCUCCCCAGCAGGCUUCAGUGCUUGGAAGCCAGUUCAAUAUGGCCCGGCAUAGAAAGUCCUACAUUUCCUACCCACAGCAGCCAAGCCACCACUUGGUGCUGUUACUGGAAGAGGAGCAAAAAGUUCUGAGCCAAGUUCCCUGUGGUGAUGAGGACAAAUCACCACUGGGAGCAUGUGACUUUGCCCUUUCUUGAGUUUGCUGCUCAUCUCUUGUCCUUCUGAAUGCAUUCUCUGUGUGGUGUUUGCCUAGACCCUCACCAAGAGGCAACCAAGAGAAGCAUGUCCUGGUUGCACCCUGCUACUUUUGGGGCUUGCUGCUUUGCUGAACAAGCAGACAUUGUUCCAGUUGAGGAAGAAACGUGCUAGUAGUGUCAAUACAUGGUGUCUGCAAAUCAUGACACUCCCCAUGGCCACUUUGGUCUUGCCUGUUGUUUUGUUUUUUUUUUUUAUAGUCUUACACAGAUUCUUGUCAGUGUCUCCCAUCAUGUUUUUGGAAAUUCCAGAGCUCCUGAACUUCACCCAGGAAAGUUAGGCUGAGCACCUUGAUUUCUUUGCAUUCAGUAGUUGAAACUGGCUGAAACUGUUCUCAACUUUAAUUUAGCAAAUCUUUUGCAUCAGAGGAAAUAAAAGAGCAAUUCAAGCAAACAGGAAGAAGACUGGAGUAAUUUCUGAACUAGAGAUUUCAACUAGGGCAGUUGGUUACUCCUUGUUCUUUUGCAGAACACUGUCAGACCAAAAGAUGUCUGUCUAGGUUCUGCUGGCCUUGAAUUGGCCAUCCUGUGCUAGUUCUGUCCUAAUCCCAAGAGCCUUCUCCAGGAUGAAUGAACAUCCAUAGUCAGAUAGCUCUUUGGACAGUCUUUCUAGGACUAUCUAGGAUUAUAAGCUGAGUAUCUGUUGAUCCUCUUGCUUCAGUUACUAGUGGAAUAUUGCAUCCAUAGACAUCAGUAAAUAGAACUUCAUUGCUGGUAAAAUGAAAAUACUAGUGAGAUUAUUGCUGAAUUAUUUAACUGUUUUUUCACACUUAGAUCCACAGACCCCAGUUGUAGGUGCUACCAAAAUAUAGGUAGGUGCAGUCCAUUUUCCAAAGGGCAUGCAGUCUUAAGAUGUCAGGCAUUACAUAAAGAGUAAGGAGAAAAAUGCAACCAACAAGCAUGGAUGGAAAUACAGACCAUGGUAAAUCACUACUGCAUGCUCCCUAGCUGAAGUGGUUGUUUGCUCCCUAGCUUCCUAUGAAGAGGUAAUUCAUAAGGAGAUUGUCCAGAGGGAAUGACAGUGAUCUGGCAUUUUGGUUCUGGGAGCCUGAGAUGUGUGCAAGGAUGCUCACUGACAGAUAUGGAAGCAUUAGUACUGGAAGCAAAUAAAUUGAGUGCUGAGCUGUGGAAGAAUGAGCUUCGUGCCUUCUGUUUCAGAGCAAUUUAAUUCCCAUAAGACAUCUUUAACUAAUGCAAACAACCACAUGUUCCUCAUGGACAGUAUUGGACCUGUGCAUGGAAGGGAGACCUCUGUAAAUAGUUAUCUAGAAAGAGACUUUUGGUAACUCAGCCAGUUUAUUUCACUGGUCUCCAAGGCAGCAGCCCUAGUGAGGGCUGUUACCCAGGUAUUGCCCACUCCCAUGGUUAUACUGGGGAUAUCAACCAGUCUAACCCCCCAAAAAAGAAACUAAUUUCUGCAGUAAAUGCAGUUACCAUCCAAGGGCAAGUAGAAACACUUAUUGCAUUAGGCCCCUACAAAAAUCUGAUUGAAAGCCAAGUGGCUGUUCUGCCUGGCUGCCCCUGUGGAUUGGAAGGUUACAGGCAUGAACUGGAGCAGGAAAAAUGCAACAGUGAUGUUCCUCCCUCGCACCUUACACACCAGGAGGCUUUGCAGUGCACCAUAAGAAAAGUAGACAUUGAGCAAGCAUUUAUUUUUACGUGCCAUCAAAGAUUCUGUCCAUCCCACUGCUAUUUAAGUGAUGAAUCUCUUACCCUCCAUUCUAUAAGUUUAUUGUGUUGGUUUUUUUUUAAUAUAUAAUAUAUAUGAGAUUUAUUUCUACAAAAUUUCAUAGAGAAUUCUUUAUUCUGACACUGCAAUAAAGCACUUUAUGUA